AAUAAGAUGCUUGUUAGGAUUUGGAACCUGCGUCACAGGAUCAAUAGAGUGUCCUUUACUAAUGUAGCAUUGUUUGAAGUAGGCUUAGUUUUAAAAACUGCUAUGCAUACAGUUUGCAUACCAGCAUACAGAAGCCCGCCCUUCAGCUGCUCUAACGUUAGCCGGAUGAGACCGAGCUGCUCUGGGUGAAAGGCAAGAGGAAAUGCCAUGCCAUCGCCCCGGAGCUCAAAUUUCUCUACGUGUAGACUGCUGUUAAAGGAGCCGUUACUACUUCCAUCUAGCUCUCUAUUUGAUUUAUAUGGUUGCAUAGUACGAUAUGUGAGAGAACAUUGAUGUUACCUUAGCGUUUGCUUAAUCGACUGGAUCCUGAAACUGCUCCAACCCGGAGUGUCUCCUCCUCCCGCUGAUCUGACAGUCUCCGCGGCACGGACAGACGCUGCUGGCCCGGAUGCCUGAAAAUGUGCUGAAAAGGGGUAUAGCAAGCACACUUUAUUCGGAUGAUAUAGAAUAUGCAAGAAUGUGUUGCCCUGCUCUUCUUCUGCCGCUGAGAGCCCGAAGCUCUCCGGAUCAGGUGGAAAAACCCAGGUGGUAGUGACUUGGUUACCAUCAAAUCGGAAAAUAUGGCACCUAAGCAACCUUCCAGCAUUGAGGAGCAGUCGGGGGAGCUGUGUGAGCCUGAAUCUGAGGAGGGAGAAAAACAAGGAUCAGGACCCCCUUCGGAUCAAGCUCAUCCAGUUGCCUUUGAUGCUCCAGAUGGAGGCUGGGGAUGGGUAGUCCUAGUGGCUACCAUCGUAGUCUUAGCUCUGACACUGGCCUUCCCCUCCUGCAUUGGAAUCUUCUACUUAGAUCUUCAGGAAGAAUUUCAAGCCAGUAACAGUGAGACGUCUUGGGUUCCAUCGAUAAUGACAGCAGUUCUGCACGCCGGAGGUCCUCUGUGUAGUGUUCUGGUGGAACGCUUUGGUUGCCGGGCGACAGUGAUAUUUGGGGGAGUCCUGAGUGGUUUUGGGAUGGCGGUCAGCUCUUUCUCACAUUCCAUUGUUGACUUAUACAUCACCACUGGGGUCAUCACAGGUCUGGGUUUCUGUUUCAGCUUCCAGCCCGCUGUCACAAUACUUGGCCACUACUUUGUGCGCCGUCGUCCUUUUGCCAAUGCAAUGUCCUCCACUGGUACUGCUCUGGGUCUGUCUACAUUGCCCUUUUUAGGUGACUAUCUGCAGAGUACGCUGGGCUGGAGAGGGAGCUUUCUGGUCCUUGGUGCUGUGUUGCUCAACUGCUGUGUUUGCGGAGCCCUUAUGAGACCGGUCAGGCCUCGCAAGCCCAGAAAGACAGAGGUGAUGAGCAAUGGUCCCAGACCCCCAGGCAAAAAGAUAUGCAUGCUGGGGAUCUUUCAGAGUUUAAGAUCAUCCCUCAGAAAACACAUGGCUUUCGACCUCUUCUAUAGUAACCUGCGAUUUCGGGUGUUUUCACUGGGCAUCACUUGGAUGAUGCUGGGGUUUGUGGUGCCGCUUAUUUACCUGGUCCCAUACGCAUCAGCUCACAAAAUGGAUCCAAGCCGAGCUGCCCUGCUGCUCUCCAUCCUGGGCUUUGUCAACAUCAUUGUGCGGCCUCCUGCUGGAGUGCUCUUCAGCCUGCCCUGGUUUAAAGGCCGGCAUAUCUAUGUUUUCUCAGCCGCACUCCUAAUAAAUGGACUCAGUAAUAGUAUUUGCUGCAUUUCUGCAAGUUUCACAGUGCUGUUAAUGUAUGUGCUGGUGUACGGACUGUCCAUGAGCGUGGUAGGCUCGCUGAUGUUCACCGUCCUGAUGGACACGGUGGAGAUGAGUCGAUUCCCAUCUGCGCUCGGCCUGUUGUCUAUCAUGGAAAGCGUUACGCUCCUGAUAGGACCUCCUCUCGCAGGAAUCCUUGUGGACCGUACUGACCAGUACACAUAUGUGUUCCUGGCCUGCAGCAUCUCAGUGGCCUUAUCAGCUCUGUUCCUUAUGGUGUCCUUUUACUGGCUGGACUCACGUGAUGCAGCCCAGAAGAACAGUCCACCAGCGUCUGGGUCUCCAGCUAAGCCUGCAGUCAGUUUGCCCAUGGACUGCCAGUACAGCAGUGUGCCUACAGAUGGGGACACGACAAAUAACCCAUCAUCAGAGGAAGAAAAAUUCACAAAUGUAUGAGUUAUUUAUGCCAUUGUAAUUGGGAUCCGAAUCAGGUACAAAAAUAUGUUUCUUUGCCAUUUAUUAGUAUCAUAGAAUGUGCUAUUUAAAUAACUAUAUUAUUUCAACAUCAAACCCUGUGUUUUUGUGUGUUGUUAACUGACACUGGCGUUUGCAAACAUCCUGGUCUCACAUCACUGGUUUGCCUUCUAGAGUAUAUUUGUGCCAUGGAGCUACAGUGACAUCCGUUAAUGCAGUCCUUUGAAUUCAAGUAAAUAUUAUAAACGCUUCUUCAUUCCUGAUCUAAAUGACAAAAUGCUUUAAUUGUUUGCCAAGAAAAUUAAGCUAUUUCAAGUCAGGAAAUAUUGAGCAUUGUGACAGAUUUGAUUCAUCUCAUGCUUAAUAAUAUUCAGUUUCCUCAUUUUUUGCUAGUUACACUACUGUUUGACAGUUUGAGGUUGAUAAGAUUUUUGAAAGAAGUCUGUUAUGCUCACCAAGUCUGCUUUUAUAUGAUUAAAAAUACAGUAAUAUUGUGAAACAUUAUUACAAUUUUAAAUAACUGUUUUUUUUUAAUGUCA